AUGGAGCCGGGCCUGGGUGAGGCAGACAAGGGCAAGGAUGAGGUCGAGGAGUUUGUCGGCGUCGACGCUGAUGCCGACGCCGACGCUGACGCCGACGCCGAUGCCGAUGCCGAUGUCGAUGCCGACGCCGAUGCUGACGCUGACGCCGACGCCGAUGCGGACGCCGACGCGGAUGUUGAUGCCGACGCGGAUGUUGAUGCCGACGCAGAUGUUGAUGCCGACGAGGCCGAGCCUGUGGUUGAACCCGAGGUCGAAGCCGCUGCGGUGCCGGAGCCGGCAAAGGUGGAGGCGGCCGACCUGGACUCGGACGACGACGAAGACGACGACGAGGCGUAUGCAGAGGCAGCUAUGACGAGCCCCGAGCCUGGGGCAAACCGGGCGCUGGAGGAGACGCGAACGACCAACCUGUCGAUGGACUUGAUGGCGACGGACGCGUUCCGGCUGUCUUCGGGCUCGGGCUCUGCUCUUCUCUCGGAGAACGACUACUCAGUGCAGGACGAGCCGUUUGAAGUCGGGCAGAUGGGUGGCGGUGGCGGCGGCGGCGGCGGCUCCAGCCGGGCCGCGGGCGCCAGCGGAGUUGGCGGCGGGUACGCGACGUGGGAGUCUGCGUCGGAGGCCGAGUACGUGACGACAAACGCCAAGGUGGAGGAGGUGAUGGCGCGGGUGCACGAGGCGCUCAACAAGGACAUUCUGAUGGGCCAAGGGUACGCAGACGCCGGACUGGCCGACUCGAUGAUCCAGGAUCUGACCAAGUCGAUCCAGGGCCUGAUCGGCGGUGAUGGACACGGCGGCGACGACGGGUCGUCGUACUACUUUCCACUCGAGUCUGAGAUGGGGAUCGGCGACUCUGCGACGUCGUUUGAAGAGUCGGAGGUCUUUUUCAACGAGGACGAGUCUGAGCUCGGGUACAACCCGUUGACGUCUGACGAGGUGCAGGCGGCCAAGCCAAAGCAGCGCAAAGGAUUCUCGCUCAAGGAGUGGGAGACGAACCACCUUCGGCGGAUGCGUGAGCGGCAGGCGCGGACGAAGCAGCGGCAACGUGCGCGCGCGCGCAAAGCAGCGCUGGCCGAGCAGCGGCAGCUGCGGGAGCACCAAGAGAAGCGCAAGCGGCUGCUAGAGGAGGCCGGGUACAAGUGGGUGGACAAGUACGAGUCGGCCAAGCCGCGGACGCUGCGCGACUGGGAGUCGUCGUUUGGGUCGCGGCUCCGCGGGUACGAGAAGCACCGGCGGGCGCGCAAGAACGAGCUCAAGUCAAAGAUCAGCGCGGCGAAGGAGGCGGACGCCAAAACAAACCGGCCGCCGCGGCUGCGGCAGUUCUUGAUGGAGAACCCGGACACGGGUGCGAUGGAGCUGCGGAAUGCAUGGACGUAUUGCCUGUGCGAGUGGGACAAGCCGUGCUCGUGCGGUGAGGAGCGGCACGUGCUGCCUGUGGAGAACAACGUGACGGCGCUCAACAACAAGCAAUGGGUCUUCAAGCGGCUGAUGGUGGAGGCGCGCAAGCGCGAGGAGAAGCUUGCCUCGCUCAAGUUCAACGCGUCGCGGCAAAAGGCCGAGCGCGAGCUGGAGGAGUGCUUCUUUUCGCCGCAGAUCAAGAGCAAGCGACGUGUGCCUGCGGCGCCCAAGACCAAGGACCCGGUGCGCGAGCUGGGGUACGAGCCGCGGCCGUACUACGGCAAGAAGCAGGUGGCCGAGCCGGACUUUUCGUACUCACCGCGGAUCAACAACAAGUCGCGGGCACUGGUCGACCCCAACCAGUACCGGUCGACGGCCGAGGUGUGCAACCGGCUUGCGUACUCGCGCGCCCGCUACAACGAGGCCCGCGCUGCCGCCGCCCCCGACGCCGGCUCGGACGACGAGUCGGACGCUGCCACCUUUCAGCCGGCCAUCAAUGCCCGCUCGCGCAAGAUGGCCCGCGACGUCAAGGUCUUUGACCGGCUCUUCCAGGUCGGCAUGCAGCAGAAUCUGGAGAAGCGCAGGCUUCAGGCCGAGUUUUGGGACAACUACACCCGGCUGGAGCGGCCGAAGAACCUGCAGCUGCCGCCGGACCCGUUCCAAGACGCCGAGUUCUUGGACGGACUCGAGGGACUGGACUUUGAGUCGGAGGCGUCGUUUGGGUCGUUUGCGGGCUCUGGCUACGAGGUUGGCAACGAGACGCGGUACGGCAACGACGCCAACGCGACGCGGGCGCUGAAUCAGACUCGUGGGUCGGGCUCGGCGCGGCGGCCGCGGACGAUGGCGGAGAUGAUGGGCGCGACCGGCGGCGGCGACGGGUACGGUGCGCAGGAUGUGCCAAUUGGCGUCUCGCCCGAGGAGUUUAUGGCAGUCUUUGCACAGUAA